UGGGAGUCUCCUGAGCCGUCUUGGGCCAUCUUGGCGUCAUCUUGGCCGCCUCGAAAGCCGGCCUGGAGGCCAUGAGGCUCGCAAGAAUGCCUCAAGACAGACCAAGAGUCCCCCUCCAUAGCCAUUCUGGCUCAAGGCUCGAGUCGGUUCUGGAACAUCCAGGGCGCGAGCACGCGCUGGGUCCCCGUGUCUCCCUCGCGUCUUCAACGUGCAAGAUGCCGAAAAUCAAGGCGAAGGUCUCUGGCAACGGCAAUGCCGCCCUAACGGCCGCGCUGCUGACCAAGACCCGGCUCUGCGGCUUCUACGCCCAGGGGAGGUGCACCCGCGGCGGCGCCUGCACGUUCGCGCACGGCGUCAGCGAGAUCACCAAGCGGCCCGACUUCUCGCGCACGCAGGUGUGCCGUUCCUUCAAGACCACGGGACGGUGCGCCAUGGGGGACGCCUGCCAGUUCGCGCACGCAGCCGAGCACCUCCGAAGGUGGGGCCACUGCACACCGGAAGCCCGGGCGGUGGGCCCCGCGGGGCGGGACGACUUCCGCCUCGCGAGCCAGCCGCCCGACGCCCUCCGCGCGCAGAGCCGCCGCAGUGCCACGGAGGGCACGGCCUCCACGAGCAGCGCGGCCGGCUCGGGGAUCGAGGAAGAGGAGGCCGAGCUGAUCGAGUUCGCUGCCCAGGCCGUCCACGCGUGGAACGCGAGCAUCGUCGCGGGGCCCCCUGGGCUGACCACGUGCGCGCUCAACGACGCCGGCAGGUACUACGCCGACCGCACGGCCGUCCAGGACGAGGGCCGCUUCCGCGACCAGCCAUACGACAGCGUCAUCCAAGAGAAGGUGGAGCCAACCAGCGAAGUUCCCGACCUGCCGCCCCAGCCGCCGCUGCCGCCGCAGCGCUGGCUGGGAGAGACGGCGCCCAGGGAGCAGGCCGCGCCCACCUUCGCCUGGCGGCUCCCCCUCGGCGCUUUCUGAGCCGCACGCCGCCCGGAGCGGCGCGCUGCUGCGCAUCGGUGCUCCCAGCCGGGGGAGCGGCGAUGGUGCCCCGCAUCUCAGGGAGGGGGGAGGAAACGCACAGACGCA